UCCGACCCGUCAGCAGCCUGCGGUGGUCCCCGGGGGCGGCGGCCGCGCUGCUGCCUGCGAGCCGGGCCCGCGGCCCGAGGGCGCGGCGCCAUGAAACUGUACAGCCUCAGCGUCCUGUACAAAGGCGAACCCAAGGCGGUGCUGCUCAAAGCCGCGUACGACGUGUCCUCCUUCAGCUUCUUCCAGAGGUCCAGUGUUCAGGAGUUCAUGACCUUCACGAGUCAGCUGAUUGUGGAGCGCUCAGCGAAAGGCAGCAGAGCUUCUGUCAAAGAACAAGAAUACCUGUGCCACGUCUAUGUGCGAAACGACAGUCUGGCAGGAGUGGUCAUUGCUGACAGCGAAUAUCCAUCCCGGGUGGCCUUUACCUUGCUGGAGAAGGUUCUAGACGAAUUCUCCAAGCAGGUGGACAGGAUAGAGUGGCCUAUCGGGUCCCCUGCCAGCAUCCACUACACCGCCCUAGAUGGCCACCUGAGUCGAUACCAGAACCCCCGAGAAGCUGACCCCAUGACUAAAGUGCAGGCUGAGCUGGACGAGACCAAAAUCAUUCUGCACAACACCAUGGAGUCUUUGCUGGAGCGAGGGGAGAAGCUAGAUGACCUGGUGUCCAAAUCCGAAGUGCUGGGAACACAGUCUAAAGCCUUCUAUAAGACAGCCCGGAAACAGAACUCGUGCUGUGCCAUCAUGUGACAGCAGCCCGCGGAGGCCCCUGUGUCCGAUGCCCUGGCCGUUUGCAGCAGAGCCGGCGUGGGAAGACCCUCAUGGGGACAGAUCUUGCUUUCACUGUGGGGCUCCUGGCAGGACCUGAGGGCCGGGGGCGGGCUGGGGGAAAACAUUCACAUUCACAUGUCUGCCGAUCUCUGGAAAGGUUGUUCGAGGGUCCCAAAGCUGUAUUCUCCGGCCAGAUGAAACCAUAAACUCUGAGUGACUCACACCAAUGCUGAAGGGCUCAUUUCUGACCCCUGGGAAGACCCGUGGGCCCCCGAGCUGUGCGAGGUCCCCAGGGAGGUCGGAGCCAGCCUCGGGUCUCCGUCCACCUUGCACUUGUGUUCGUGCACUGACUAUUAACCCUGCAUUAAGCCCAGCUGAGCCCUGAUGGCAGGGCCGGGGGAGACAGGCUGCACGGAUGCUGAUGCUCUCCUGGCCCCUGCUAAGGGCACCCACCUGCAGGCUGCACAGAGAUGCCUGAGGGGUGUGGAGUGGGGGGCAUCGGCCCAGACGUGCAGCUCGGCUCUGACCUCCGGGUCACAGUACUGUGUACAUCUCUCUUGACCUAUGUUCACUCAUCGCUGGCAACAGGAUUGUCUUAGCGGCCGCCCGGGGCCUGCGUGCCUUAGCAAGACCAGAUGCCAGCCAUCCCUAGAACUCCCAGUGCCCCAUGCCCGGUCUGGCCCCCACAGGAGCACUGCUGAGAGCCCCCCAGCAGCGCCAGUCCCAGCCCCGGCCCCGAGACCUGCCCACUCCCUCAGACUGCACUGCCACGUUUCUGCAGUGCGUCCUGAGGACGUGAGCUCAUGACAGGCCCUUGGGACCUGGUACCCACAGAAGCCCCUGCUGGGGUGCUAGCAUAUGGUCCCAUCCUGGGAGGUCCUUCCGUGAGCAUGCUGGUUCUUGGCCUACCCAGGAGGUCCUGCUGCCCUCAGAGAGGGCCAGGCCUUGAAUACCUUAGACCAGAAAGUGGGACCUUCGCGGCUUCUGAGGACCCCCACCCUACAGGUUUACCUGCUGGCUGGCCUUUCACCCUGGGCACUGUGCUGGCCCCUAAAACAGCCUGCCCAAGGGACCCCCCGGAAUGUACAGACCCAAUCUGCUCCCCCGUGCUGGGGGGCUGUGACGACUCCAACUUGGGAGGUCUCUGCGGAGCAGCUGGGGGUGGAGGUGCGGACCUGUGGGGCUGGCUCAGGCCCCAGCCAGCAUUUCCCCAGUUGAUGGUGUCUCAUUUGGAAGCACUGGGCAAAGAGUGUAUUUUAAUAACUGCCACCUAACUGUUCUGUUCGAAAAGUUCUUCUCUGGAUAAAGUUGUCUUUUGAGAUUCCAAAA